GGUUUGCAGUGAGCAGCCACUCUCCACUCCACGACGACAUGCAGUAAUCCUCCACCAACACCCUAUCCUGCAGCUACCGUCCAGAGCGCCAGCGCGCGUGACACAAUCCACACUGACGUGGUGGCACCGCUCCUUCAGAUCGAGCCAUGGCGUCGUUUGCUUGUUACGUCCUCCUCCCCCUCGUCCUCGCGUCCACGGCAUGCCAUGCCAGGGACGCCGUCACGCCGGGCCGCCCGCUCGCCGCGAACCAGACGUUGCUCUCGGUCCCCGACGGCAAGUUCGUGCUCGGCUUCUUCACGCCGCCGGGCGCCAACAACACCUACGUCGGCGUCUGGUACGGCAAGGUCUCCAUCCGCACGGUGGUCUGGGUCGCCAACCGCGAGCACCCCAUCCCCGGCGGCGUCGCGGACAACCACGGCGCCACGCUCUCCGUGUCCGCCACCGGCACGCUCGCCAUUGCCACGGGCAACUCGACCGUCGUGUGGUCGGUCAAGCCGGCGGCCGCGGUGGCGAGCCCCGCGGCGCGGAUCCUGGACAGCGGCAAUCUGGUGCUCGUGGACGCGGGCGGCGGCGUGGCGUGGGAGGGGUUCGACUACCCGACCGACACGCUGCUCCCGGACAUGAAGCUGGGGGUCGACUUCGUGAAGGGGCGGAACCGGACGCUGACGGCGUGGAAGAGCCCGUCGGACCCCUCGCCGGGCCCCGUGGUCAUGGCGAUGGUCACGUCCGGCGACCCCCAGGUGUUCAUCUGGAACGGCGACGACCUGGUCUGGCGCUCCGGCCCCUGGGACGGCGUCCAGUUCACCGGCGUGCCGGACACCGUCACCUACUCCGACUUCACCUUCAGCUUCAUCAACAACGCCCAGGAGGUCACGUACAGCUUCCACGUGCACAAAGAGUCGACCAUAUCGAAGCUGGGGCUGAACACCACGGGGAACAACGGGGUGCUGCAGCGGUCGACGUGGGUGGAGGCGGCCGGGACGUGGAACCUCUACUGGUACGCGCCCAAGGACCAGUGCGACGCGGUGUCGCCGUGCGGGCCCAACGGCGUGUGCGACACCAACAACAUGCCCGUCUGCUCCUGCCUGCGCGGCUUCGUCCCCAGGUCGCCGGCGGCAUGGGCGCUGCGGGACGGCCGGGACGGCUGCGUGCGGGCGACGCCGCUUGACUGCCGGAACGGCACCGACGGGUUCGUCACGCUGAGGCACGCCAAGGUGCCGGACACGGUGCGGAGCGUGGUGGACAUGAGCCUCAGCCUGGAGCAAUGCCGGCAGGCGUGCCUCCGGAACUGCUCCUGCACCGCCUACGCCAGCGGCAACGUCAGCGCCGACCGCCGCGCCGACGGCUCCGGCUGCGUCAUGUGGAGCUCGGGGCUCACCGACCUGCGCGUCUACCCGGACUUCGGCCAGGAACUCUUCGUCCGCCUCGCCGCCGCCGAUCUCGGUAUAACAAGUAAAUCCAAGAAGAAACACGUGAUAAUCGCAGUCGUCGCCUGCAUCUCCGCGCUGGCAUUCCUUUUAGCGCUCGCUGGUGUUUUCUUCUGGACAAGAGGGAAGAAGAAGGCAAGAAAAACAGGAUCUAGUAAAUGGAGCGGCGGUUCACGCAGCACUCCCCGCCAGUAUGAUGGAAGUAGUCACAAUGAUGACUUGGAACUGCCGAUAUUUGAUCUGGGGACAAUCGCAGCUGCCACUGAUGGUUUCUCCAUCGAUAACAAACUCGGCGAGGGUGGCUUUGGACCGGUGUAUAAGGGUAAGCUUGAGGAUGGACAGGAAAUAGCUGUCAAGACACUCUCAAAAACAUCCGUACAGGGUCUCGAUGAGUUCAAGAAUGAGGUUAUGUUAAUAGCUAAACUCCAGCACCGGAACCUUGUCCGGCUUCUUGGCUAUAGCAUUAGUGGACAAGAAAGGCUACUUAUCUAUGAAUAUAUGGAAAAUAAGAGCCUGGAUUACUUCCUAUUUGCAGAAAAAUCCAACAGUAUCCAACUUGAUUGGCAAGUGCGAUACUCUAUCAUAGAAGGCAUUGCUCGAGGAUUACUGUAUCUCCACCAGGACUCAAGAUACAGAAUCAUCCAUAGAGACAUGAAGGCAAGUAAUGUUCUUCUAGACAAGGAGAUGACUCCCAAAAUUUCUGACUUUGGCAUGGCAAGAAUGUUUGGCAGUGAAGAGACAGAAAUCAAUACGUGUAAAGUCGUUGGCACAUAUGGCUACAUGGCUCCAGAGUAUGCAAUGGAUGGAGUCUUCUCAGUCAAAUCAGAUGUAUUUAGUUUUGGAGUAUUACUGCUGGAAAUAAUAAGUGGUAGAAGAAACAGAGGGGUGUAUUCCUACUCAAAUCACCUAAAUCUUCUAGGACAUGCAUGGAGCUUAUGGAACGAAGGGAAAGGCGUAGAAUUAGCAGAUGAAACCAUGAAUGGCUCGUUCAACUCAGAUCAAGUACUCAAAUGCACCAGAGUGGGGCUCCUGUGUGUGCAAGAGAACCCAGAUGAUCGUCCAUUGAUGUCCCAAGUGCUUAUGAUGUUAGCUGCUACAGAUACUGCCACAUUGCCAACUCCUAAGCAGCCUGGUUUUGCAGCUAGAAGAAUUCAAAUGGAAACAGAGACGUCAUCAAGUAAACCAGACAGCAGCAUAUUCAACAGUGCGACCGUUACCAUUGAAGGUCGAUAGGAAGCUAGGCUGCUUAUUGAACUUACCGGGGGUUCUGUAUUAUAGAAUGAAAUUAGUACAUUACUAUUUUCUUUAUCACUUGCACAUCUGAGCAAAAGGGACUAGUGCUAUUUUGAAUAAUAGCACAUACUAGAAUGAAGAUUGCUUCAGCUCAGCAGAAAUUUUAGAUUGUGGUGGUCAUUGUUGACAAGUAACAACAGAAACUAGGAAGGUUCUGUUAUCUGGUAAUAUUUUGAAGUCACAAAUCAGAAUGAAGGUUACGUCCGCUCA